CCGCGUCUCAUUCACUCCCUUCACAUCCCGCUUCUGCAGACAAUAUUUAACCUUCAAUCAAUUUCUCUAGGCAGAACAAGCAACAUGGCUGCUGUCACCUCUUCCUCCCUCGCCGCCAAGGCCCCUGCCGCCGCACUGGCGCAGUCCGGCUUGACCGCCUCAUCCAGCUCCGCCCUCCCCAGCUUCUCCGGCCUCCGCGCCUCCGCCCCCGUCAAGGCCGCCAAGAAGGCCGGCUGCGCGCGCGGCUGCAAGUGCGCGCGCCAUGCCGUCGGCGUCGUGCGCGCCGCUGCCGAGAGCAGCGAGGUGGCGUCCGCCGAGCAAGCGCUCUUCGCCAGCGUCGCCCAGUCCGUCGCCACGCCCGCCGCUCCCGCCGCCAACUCCGGCGUGAUCGUCCCGUCCAUCCUCGGCGCCGGCGUCCUAGGCGGCGCGGCCCUCGCGCUCCUCACCAAAAACUCUGUCCCGGCCGCUUCCGCCGCCGCCGCCACUCCCCCGGUGACCUUCGACGGCGGGUACGUUCCCCGCGCGAAGCGCGCCGCGCCGGCGGCGCUGGCGACGAUGGCGGCGACGUUCCCGAACGCGAUGCAGGAGGAGACGUUCAUGAAGGCGGUGGCGGCGGAGCUGUUCAACCUGGGGUUCCGGCGCGAGAACUGCAUCGCGCUGGUGAACACGUGCCGCGACGAGGUGUGCCGGCCCAUCGUGAACCUCAUCGACCGCGAGUUCGGCAUGAGCUUCAACAUCUCCGGGCUGGGCGGGCUCGUCAACUGCGGCAAGACCGGCUUCAAGGCCGCCAUGAGCCACUCGCCCGAGUUCCCCUGCGACAAGAGCGGCAAGCCCAAGGAACGAUACAUCUUCUUCGGCUUCCCCCACGUGUCCAUCGGCGAGACCGGCGAGGUCGGUUCACUCCUGCGUCGCGGGCGCGGCAAGCCGUCCAACGCGUGCGGUGCACUCAUCGCCAUCCGCGGCGACAUCUCGGCCGGCGGCCCCAUCGUCGAGGACCCCGAUAACGCGGAGUACGUGCUCCUUAAAAAGAAGGUCGCGGCUCGGAUCACUUCCGACGAGCCUACCCUCGUGCAGGUCACCCGCGCCGCGCUUCAGGCGAUCACGGACGACCUGGAGUAUCUUAUCUCGCAGACCGUGGAUCCCGCAACAGCGGAUUACGCCGUGAUUACCGGCGUGCAGAUCCACUCUGGCAACAACCUCCCGGGCGAGCCAUUCCAGACGGAGCGCCUGUGUGACUAUAUCGCGCCGAACGCCAUGUACGCCGUGAUUAACGGCGAGAAGCACAUUCUGCACUGCGAGAUCAACCAGAUCAGCGCCAUCAAAUCCGUCCCCGCCAGCCAAUUCGCUUGAAGCUUCGGAAUGAAGUCGGGAGGGAUGGGAUGGAUGUCGGCACAGAGGUAGUCAGCUGUUUGCGGUUUUCUGUUUUCCCUGUUGGCUGUCUAAUGUUUUUCCACUCUGAAAGAGUGGUUGUAGAUUGUAUAAAUAGCCUUGCCAAUAAAGAAGUGCCUCUUUUCUGCAAGCCGAGACAAUCAAAGAACCUCCCUUCCUCCAUCUUCUGCUUUGGCCUACCUAAGCUGGAUUAUGCUUGGUAGGCUUCAACACAAGCAGCAGGCGGAUAUGCAGCUAUGAGUAGGUGUGAACUGUGGCAGGUAAUGACACCUAUGAGUAAUAUGACUAAGA